CUUUGGACCAUGGAUGUUGAUUGUGCAAAGUCCAUCAUGUUUGCUGUGCAGUUUGUUCUUCAAGGAAGAGUGCUUGGGCAGACUAGAUCGAACCUGGAGAGAUGAAGUAUGUUUCGCUCAAUGUAUGGUUGGCAUUUGCAAAUCAUUGUGUGUCAGCAGAAAAUUGUGCCAAAACGGUUUUGCAAGAUUUUGCGAGUUUAAACAUGUUUUGGAUGAAUAACACGCAAGACAUGAAAUCAAUUCCAGCUAAAUGUGUGGAUCGUCCCUAUUCAAGGACGAUCUGUAAAGAUGACCGAACAUGUCUAUCGCAGAUGCUGUUCGGCCGUGAAACGGUUCAGAUCAAGAAUGUAGUGCAGGGUGCAGGACACACAACAUCACACAACAAGUCGGUCAGCAAUGGAUGCUUGCGCUGACAAUGCAGCUAUCAAGCAGGAAUGUGCGAAAGAAGGAAGCUUUGUGAUCCUUUGGGGAAGUUACACUCAGGUCUUUGGAGUGGUUCUGAAGCAUGGAGAGAUCACGAACAAUCGCUUUGGUAAUUUCCACCACGAUGAGAUCAUUGGGCGACCCUUUGGAAGCAAAGUGAGAUCUCGGAAAGGUGGACUUUGGUUGGCGUUGCUUCGCCCAUCGCCUGAGUUUAUCACACAAAGUUUGACCCAUAGGACACAAAUCGUGUACCAUGCAGACAUCUCCAUGCUGAGAUGCCUGUUGGAUGCACGACCUGGGCGGAUUCUUUGUGAAGCCGGCACGGGCUCAGGCUCGGUGUCGGCCAGUCUUUGCCGAGCUUUACGUCCUGGAGGUCGGCUUUAUACCUUUGAAUUCCAUGAGGAGCGACAGAAGCAAGCCGUAGCCGACUUCGAGACCUAUGGAGCUUUAGACGUCAUUGUCUCACAGCACCGGGAUGUUUGCAAUGAAGGCUUUGGCGAAGAGCUCCAUGCAAAGGUGCAUGGAAUCUUCCUCGACCUCCCAGCACCAUGGCUUGCAGUGCCACAUGUUACGAAGUGUUUGGUACCAGGUGGUCGUUUGGUGACUUUUUCACCAUGUGUGGAGCAGGUGGAUAAGACUGCUGUAGAGCUGCGGCGCAGUGGUUACUUUGAUGUACGCAUGCUCGAGACCCUGGCAAUGAAUUGGGGUGUCCGGGAUGCAAAAGCCAAGCGUCGUCGAACGACAGCGCAGGAUAACAGCGCAGCCACCAAUGCUGAAGUGCAGGAUGAGGCGCAGGAAUUGCAAGAAGAAGCUGCAGGGGCAUCAACAGGAGAGCGCACAUCUGGCAAAAGCAAUGAUCAAUGGCUCAGCUACCAAAUGCCAAUGCGCUCCCACACGGGCUACCUUUUGGUGGCUACUCGAGCGCCAGACGAGCCAAUGGAUGCUGAGUGAUGCUAUGCCUGCGUGGUGCAGCACCAUUGUCAAAAAUGCGUGCGAUGGCUCUGACACUCGUGUUUGUUGAGACCUCUUCGCUGAAGCUAUGAAUGUGUGCA